GUGUUUUCGUUUAGCUUGGUUGGCUAGUGCCCACUGCAUGCCAUGAUAAAUUGAAUUUUGUUCAGGUUCUUCCAUGUCCAUCGCCAUCUUCAGUGGCAGCCAAGGUGGGUAGAUGAAAGGGGCUCCUACUAUAGUAUUUUACAGCUGGCAGAUUAAACCGUCAUGAGCAGGCACAUGUGACAAACAAACAAUCAAUGCUAAGCAAAGUGGACGGGGGAGGAGGCUUGGGCAUUUUGCUCGUGUGCCCGCCACCCCUCAAAAAGCAGCUACCUGCUUCGUACCGUACAGUAAGUACAGUACCGAGUAAAAAAAAAAAAAAUACUAGCUAGGUCCCUGGCUACCUUAGGGUCGGUAGGGUACGUCUCCCUGACAUCCAAUAAUUUCGUACCUCCGAACCUAAGGUACCUUGGCUUUGGAUGGACGAGGGGAGGUGACCAGCCAGCUGCCAAAGCACAAGCGGCCCUUCCUUCCUCCUCUCCCAUAAAAGGAAUGCCCAUCCUCUUGUCACACAUCGUACCCUCCAUCCUCCCCAACCUGCCAGACAGACACAUUUCUACUCAGCCGUGAUUAAUCAAUUCCAUCAGCCGACAUUUCACAUCAGAUCACGCCUCCAAUCAAACAAAGAAUACACAAGACACACACACACACACCAACCAAAAUGCCCGUUCGCAUCCCCACAGCCCGCACCUCCGAGGUCCUCUGCUUCGGCGCUGCAGGCGUGUCCGUCUUUGCCCCUCUCUACAUGGUCCUCCCCGGCGCCGAGGAGCGCCUGGCCUCUCAGACCGUCCGCUGGGCCCCCCGCUGGGAGCGCAACAUCGGCUUCUUCACCCCGGCCGCCGAGCGGGGCAUGCAGCGUGUCAAGCCGCCCGUCGAGCGUACCGUCAAGCGCAUCGACAACCGCCUGCCCCUCGAGAAGAUGGCCAAGAACCUCGGCGGCAGGAUCGAGAGGAGCUUCGUCCGCUUCACCCCCAAGCCGAAGGAGUAAGGGAAGCCACCAAAAAAGGAAGAAGAGAAUCUAGUUUCUUGAUGGGAGGGAGUUGGAAUAUACCUACCUACAUGCAUACAUUUUUACUCGCUUCCAUCAUGGACGCACGUUCGGGUUGCGUUCAGGACGUCCAGACCCUGAGAUGGUGGCGUCCAGGUCUGUCAGAUUGCCUACUAUAGGAUAGUGCAUUGGCGAACAGGCCGAGUUUUCUUUCACAUUCUUACUUGCAUGCGUUCAGAGGCAUCAAGCAUACUUGGGGUGUUUGGGGGAUCCUUUACAUAGGAACACUAUGAAUAAAGUUGAUGAAAUGGCUUGCCA